GAGAACACUCCCAGGCUACCUCAAGCAGUCUCCCCACCCCUUGAGUCUCUCAGUGUUAAAGCUGCUAAUAUCAAAGCUCCCUGGGAGUGAAAACUUUCUCAACCCUAUCUUGGAAGGUGGACCAUUUAUUUGGCAGAAGGGAGAGGGCAGUGGAAUUUCCUCUGAGAAAGGACAGUUAUGCAAAAUGCCAGGAGGAGGAGGAGAAAACUGAGAAGGGAGUUGGUGAGUCAGAGGAGAAAAGCUGCACGGCUGGGCUAUCGGUGAACCUCUCUAAAGCACAAGUAUUAACAAGAUGUCAGAGCUUUCAGAGUUGUGGAGCACCAUUCAGAUGAAAAGUAAGACUAAGUUAUGAGGCCAGCACAUCAGACAAGGCAGAAGAGACAUCUACCUUAUAUAGCCUUGGACAAGCCUGGAACUUCUAACUGGAACUGAAAUAUACUUUUUUAUGUGCAAAAUAAAAAUAUCUGGCCUCUGCCUUCCUCACGCAGCUCAAUGAGGACACUUUAAACAGUCUUCCACUUCAGCAAGAUGAUACUGCCCAAAACAAUGCCACUGCUGUUGUUCCUGGUCUCCCAGAUAGCCAUCUGCCUCAUAUUCACCCAUUUUUACAGCUUCAACUUCAACUCCCCAUCUACAAGGGAGGGGCUCAAGAACACGCACGUCUUGGUCCUGUCUUCCUGGCGCUCUGGGUCUUCUUUAGUGGGGCAGCUUUUUGGGCAGCACCCAGAUGUCUUCUACCUUAUGGAGCCUGCCUGGCACAUCUGGAUGACCUUCACACAAAGCACACCGUGGAAGCUGCAUAUGGCGGUGCGGGAUUUGAUACGUGCCAUCUUUCUGUGUGACAUGAGUGUCUUUGAUGCCUACAUGGAACCUGGUCCCCGAAAACAGUCCAGCCUCUUCCAGUGGGAAACCAGCCGGGCCUUGUGUUCCCUGCCUGCCUGUGACAUCUUCCCGCAGGAUAUGAUCAUACCCCAGGCUCACUGCAAGCUCCUGUGCAGUAAGCAGCCCUUUGAGGUGGUAGAGAAGGCCUGUCGCAACUACAGCCACGUGGUGGUCAAGGAGGUGCGCUUCUUCAACCUGCAGGUGCUCUACCCACUGCUGAGGGACCCUUCCCUCAAUCUGUACAUUAUACACCUGGUCCGGGACCCCCGAGCGGUGUUCCGUUCCCGAGAACACACCAAAGGGGAACUCAUGACUGACAACAAAAUUGUGAUGGGGCAGGAGUGGCAGAAACUCAAGGAGGAUGACCACCCCUACUAUGUGCUGCAGGUCAUCUGCCAAAGCCAGCUGGAGAUCUAUAAGGCUGCGCAGACUUUGCCCGAAGCCCUCAAGCGGCGCUACCUGCUCAUGCGCUAUGAGGACCUGGUCCGGGACCCCCUGGCCCAGACUGCUCGAAUGUAUGAAUACGCAGGGUUGAAAUUCUUGCCCCACCUCCGGACCUGGGUGCGUAACAUCACUCGAGGCAAGGGCAUGGGUACUCAUGCCUUCCUUACAGAUUCCAGGGAUGCCCUCAAAAUUUCUGAGGCCUGGCGCUGGUCCUUGCCUUACGAAAAGGUUUCUCGGCUUCAGAAAGUCUGUGGUGACAUCAUGAAGCUGUUGGGCUACCGCCUUGUCAGAUCAGAGCAAGAGCAGAGGAACCUGUCACUGGAUCUUCUGUCUGCCUGGAACCCCACUGGGCAGUUCUAUGAAGAGGAUUAGGAGGCUCCGUCUCCACUCGGCACCAGCCUCAGCCACGUUAACUGAAGGCUGCUUCUAAACCUUAAUCACCCAUAUUUUGCCACAUAUAAUGAGCUUCCGUGUAUAAUGCAUGCCCACGUUUUUGUGUGCAUUAUACACAGGAUUAUUACACCCAUUAUUAUACCCAUGGUAUAUAAUCAUUAUACCCAGGUAUAAUGUGCAUCCUUAUUUUUCCCUCAAAAAUUUGGGCAAAAAAGUGCACAUUAUACACAGCAAAAUAUGGUAUGUCUCUACCUGUAUAUAUGUGAGCACAAGUUGUGUCCACACAUGCUCAAGCUGAGAAAUCUUUGUAGCUCUACUGAGGUCUAGAAAAGAGACUCAGUAACCUUAUGUGAGCAGCACAUUCCCUCACUGAAAAGGGAGUACUGCCACCUUCUCUUCUUGGUCUUCCUAUUUGUGUAUACUUCAGAGACUUCAUGGCCUGGGGUCCUAUUUGGCACUACACAGUAUCAGUGGAGUGAAUCCACUAAUUUUUCUGCCCAUAUAUUGCCCAGUGGGGAAGGGGGGUGAGAGGAAAAAUCAGGGAAAUGGGUCUUCAGCACAGAUCCCACUAGUGCAUUCCACAGGGAUGUGAACUCUGAGCCCUGGGAGCUCCCAGUGGAUUCAAAAAGGGAAUGGGGAACAGGGCUGGACGCUUACCCAUGAGUCUGGCCAUCACAAUUAUCCAUUAUUGCAAAUACGAAACAAAAUCUGGGCACAACAGAGCAAGCUCUUAAGUUCAUGGGGUGGUUGGGCCGCAUUUAGAUGCCACUUCUCCACACUGUUUUCUUACUACAUGGAAGAUUUUGACCUGUGAAGCUGCUAUUAAGGUUAAAAUUCCAAAAUAAGAUUGUGCUUGGAAUGUCCCCUUUGCAUGUUCUAAUUUUCUUAACAGUAAAUGCUCAUUUUUAGAGGACAUAAUCUAACCUAACCUAAGAACAUAAUCAUCUUCAUAUAUAUCUUUUUCUUUUGCUGUUAUCUACCACCCACACAGAAAAAUUACCAAGACAAUGUUCAGUGUCAGAUGACAAAGUCUAAACUGAUCAACACUAAUUGAUACAUUUCCCUCUUAAGAAGUUGUAGAAAGUAGAUAACUAGCAAUUAAGCCCUUUCUCGUGUGAGGCAUAAGUUGUAAUAUUACCAUAUGCAUCAAUCUAGGGUCUGGGCAAAGAAUUCAGGUUCUACCUCAGUCCUGGUAUAGUAGGUGCUAUUUAGCUCUUCCUGGUCACCUCUCCUAACAAGAAGGGAUGUUUCUCCCAGUUUUUGCAACAUUCCUCAGAUCUAGUUGUGCAUUACCAUCAGUUAAAAAUUUAUUUUGCCAUGGCUUACCUUAUAUUUGCUGGAAUAGGAAUCUCCCAGGGUGAGGGAUGGGAAGUAUAUAUAUAUAUAUAUAUUGCAAGUAAUCCAGGUGACUCUUCCAUGGCCAGCCUGGCAACAGUAUAGCCUGCCCUAGACAACAGCACUGUUAGCCUUCUUGCUCCAAGACAGGUGACUUUCCAUGACAUGCCAAAUACCUAUAACACUCACUCCUGACACUGGUGCUGUCCUCAGGCUGGAGGGAACAGGAAGAAGGUCUGUAUCUGUCUGGAAUUCCUUGGUCCUCUGAGUCUUAACUUUCUAAAUAGUUCAUUGUCCAAACCUGAGAAAUAAUGUCAUUUCAUCUUUCCUUGUGUUCCCACUCCCAUUCUGACAUGGUCCUCACAUCAUAAAGCUCCUUGAACGUCAGAUGGGGGUCUCUCCCCCUCUCUUCUGCCAAGCAGCUUUUGGGCUUAUCGCCACCAAAGACGGUUGAGUAGCUACCUUUGCCAGUUGGGUCUUUGGAGUUAAUUUAUAUGGGGCUUUAAAGAAGUGAAUUUAUUCUAACACCCAAUCCUAAGCCACUCUAGACACUCCUCAAGAGCCUAGGAUCUCCCAGGCAAAUGCUCUGGCCUCUACAAACAUUAAGACAGUGUAGCAUAAAAUCACGCUAUGUCACCUCUUUAAAAAUACAGUGUUGAGAGAUACUUAGUGAGCAAUGGAACAGUCUCCUGGCCAUGCGUUCUGGUGGCUGACACUGGAUUCAGUGAUGACAGUGGCAGUACACCCGCCGCGGGAUAUGGGGAGUCUGGGGAGCUGAGAACCUGUGAGGAGCGUAGAAGAUGGUGUUCUGGGAAACAGCCUUUCUAAUUUAGAGUCAUCUGUUCCAUCCCCAAAUCCCAGCAACAGAGAAGGCAUCUGCUUGUCUCCUCAGCCUAUUUAGCUACAUGGGGCCUGAGGAUGUUCAAACAUAGAUGAGGGAUGAAUUUGAUCCGAAUUUCUCAGGGCUAGUAUUCAGAUUUGGGGAACAAGGUCUCUUGUGUCUAGAUCAAGCAUAAUGGCCUCAACUGCCUCAUUUCAUGGUUUUAAAAAAAUCAUACUAGGUAACUACCCUAAGCUCUCCACUUUGGGGAGAGAAAGGAGUCAAACAUUGUAAACAUUGUGAACAGUUUUUUUUGGAGGGUGAGAAAGAUACUUUUGAAACAAAGCAGUUUUCACUGUAAUUUACUGUUACUAUGUGGCUUCAUUUUCUACACGAGAGCAAUCGCUAAGUUUUUAGUAAAUGUUAAUCAAAACUAUUCUUUCAACUUAUGAAUAGUAGUUAUGGAGAGAGAUGGGAAGGUUAACUCAACUUGUUAUUUUUGUGCAAAAAUCUGCCAUUAUUUUGUCUAUAACAUGUAUCUCAGAAAAUGGUUUAUAAUUUACUGUGAUUUAAACCCAAGCUACAUAUAAAUUAAUUUUACUAUGUACAUUAUCAUGACUUCUAUUAAAUUACUUUCACAAACCAGCAAAGCAAAAUUAAAAAUGAAUAUAUAUGAGUGGCAUAGGCCAAUUAGCAAUAAAUCUCUGAUAAUCAUUAGCUGGGGAUCCUCAAUACCCUGGGAUUUCUGCUGAGGGCUAUGCCCCUCUCGUGCAUAAAAUGUUCCUGGUCAUUCAGAGAAAGGUUAUUUUUUAAGUACAGUAUUGAGGAAAAGUAAUUAUAAAUAACCAGAGUAAACAGAUUUGAAUACAGCAUUUAAGUUAAAGGGUUUCUUCAUUCAGUUCAUACAUUUAAUGGACAUCUACUACAUGUCGAGGAAUGUCUGAGGUGCUAUGGACACAGCACCAAACAACAGGCAAAGCCCCUCCUUUCGUGCAGCUUAUAUUGCAGUCAUGCUAUGUCUCCCACCUGGAAUACCCCACUCUGUCCCACCCCAGUUUCUCUGGCUUGUUUUUGUGAUCCCCCAGUUCACAACUAAAGCACCUCCUCUGGGAUUUUUCCUGCUUUUAUCCUUAAGCCUCUAUUGAGUGUCACUUAUACAGGCUUUCUACUAUCAUAAAAUUACCAUACUAUAAUAAAACCCUCCAAUUUACACAUUUUAGCUCUUUGAGGGCAGACACUACCUUUUUCACUCUGGUAUAACCAAUGCCUAGCACAGCUCCUAGCACACAGCAGGCACUCAAUAAUUUGUUUAAUGAAUGAAACGAUCUCGUCUGCAUUUUUGUAAAGGGCUCAUUCUUUAUGUAAUACUUAGAUAAAUGGCCAAUCACAGAAUCUUCUAUUCUGAGAAACACAGUGAUGUUUAAAGAAUCAAAUAAGAGAGCUGACAUUUAAAAGUUUCCUGUUUGAGAGAAAGAAGGGAAGUUGAAUCUUAAAGCCGACAGCUCAGAAGUGCUGAGUCGAGCGGGGUGGCAGGUGGAAAGGGGGGAAUAAAGCAGAGAUCCAAGAAUUAGGUUGACUAGUGUUUCUAAUAGUGAUAUUACCAAGGCAAGAGAUCAUUGUGUUGGUUUUCUGCGGAGCUGCAUGUGUUCGCAGGGUACAGCAUGUGAACUCAUGAAGUGCCACCUAGAAGCAUCUGGCAAAUAUUUGCUUACUGAUUGCCUUCCAAUUGGUUUUUAGCCAAAUCUCCAAGCAGAGAGUUUCUGGCUUGUUUUUUAUUGCCUCUCCACCAUCAUGUUGGCAAAGGACAGUUAAAGGAGUGGCCUAGGAGAAUAGAGUCAUCUUUGGUUCUUUCUUGUCUUCCACUGUCAACAUCCUAUUCAUCAGCAGAGCCUGUCAGCUUGACUUCCAAAAUAUACCCCGAAUCAGACCACCUCUCCCCGCCUCCAAUGUUACAGUGUGCAUCCAAACCAACCUCAAACGUCACCUGAAUUACUAACAGAGCCUCCUAGCCGCCUUCUUGUCUCUUCGUGCCCUCCACAGUUCGCCUUCCAUUUACUAGCCACAGUGACCUACCUCAAGGGUAAAUUAGAUGUCAAUUCUUUGCCUACAGACCUCCAGUAAAUAGCCCAGGUGACUGUAAAUUGGAGAAUGGACCCAAAAAAUGGUAAAUUCAUAUCAUGCAAUAAUGUUCAGCAAUAAAAAGAAAUGAACUACUGGUUCCUCCAACAUGAAUACCUCUCAAAAGCAUCAGGGUAAAAGUUUUACAGGAAGGAGUUUAUACUGUAUGGUUUCUUUUACAGACAGUUCCAGAACAGGAAAGACUAACAUGGUGGGGAAGAAUCGUAACAGUAGUUACCUCUGGGGGACAGGAAGUGGUGGUAAUUGACUGGGAAGAGACGUGAGGGAACUUUGUUGGGGGCAGGAGGAAUGCAAAUGUUUUAUAUCCUGAUAGGAGUGUGGGUUGCCUAGGUGCAUGAAUUUUUCAGAAUUCAAUGACUGUGAACUUAAGAUUUACAUAUUUCAUUGUAUAUAAAUUUUACCUCAAAAUUAAAAAAACUGCAAAUACUGAA